CUUCAAUCAAUCUGCGGAGUAGGGACAAUUGAUUGAUCUACCAGUCGACAUCCACGUCCUAUCUUGUAUAUAGAUAGACCUAUACCCACCAUAAAUGGCCAACUCCACACCAAACCUUCCCCGCGUGCGGGCAUGUCUCUUCGACAUGGACGGCCUCCUAAUCGACUCUGAAGACAAAUACACCGCCAUCACAAACUCCAUUCUCCGCGAAUUCGGCAAACCCGAACUCCCCUGGUCCAUCAAAGCCCAGCUCCAAGGCCGCCCGCAGCCAGAGGCCUUCAAAAUCUUCUUCGACUGGGCCCAACUCCCCAUCUCGCCUGAAGAAUACGCCGCAAAACAAGCAGCCCUGCAGAGCAAAUAUUUCCCUGAAUCGCAGCCCCUGCCUGGUGUGCGCGAUCUCCUGACCAAACUCCUCUCCACGCAGGCCACAGACAAGCCCGUAUACAUUGCUUUGGCUACGUCGUCGCACACCAGGAACUUUCAGUUGAAAUCGGACCAUCUACAGGAUCUCUUUGCGGCGUUCCCUGAGUCCCAGCGCGUCUUGGGUGAUGAUCCGCGGAUUGGGAAGGGAAGGGGCAAGCCCCUGCCUGAUAUCUACUUGAUUGCAUUGGAGACAAUCAAUGCUAACCUGCGGGAUAAGGGGGAGAAGGAGAUUACGCCGGAGGAGUGUCUUGUGUUUGAGGAUGCGGUGCCGGGUGUGGAGGCGGGCCGGAGAGCUGGGAUGAGGGUAGUUUGGUGUCCUCAUCCUGGGUUGCUAGGGGCUUAUAAGGGUCGGGAGGCGGAGGUCUUGGCUGGGCUGACGGGUGAGCAUAAGGAGGAGGAGAAGUCUGCAGCGGAGCAUGAGGCUGAUGAGCUUGUUGCGCGGAGAGCGGAUCGUAGCUCGGGUAAAACGGGCCAGCUUGGGGAUGGGUUUGGGGAUUUGGUUCUUACUUUGGAAAAUUUCCCUUAUGAGAAAUAUGGUAUUCAACCUGCAUAAAGUGACGCAUAGAAAACAUUAUGAUUGUCGGGGUGGAAGGUGUACAUGAAAUCUGAGAUACCCAUGUGGUGUUGCAUGAAUUACAGUCAUUUGGACGAAAAGCAAAAUGAACGGGAAAAGCCUAGAUGAACUAGGAAUAUCAUAGCUUUGGGGUCGUUACAGUCAUAAGAGAAACCAGAAGGCCUACUGUGC